CCUGCGGGCGCCCCGGCCGCCGCGGCCAUGGAGGCCAUCUGGCUGUACCAGUUCCGGCUCAUUGUCAGGGACUCCACGGUGGGCAAGUCCUGCCUGAUCCGCCGCUUCACCGAGGGCCGCUUCGCCCAGGUCUCCGACCCCACCGUGGGCGUGGAUUUCUUCUCCCGCCUGGUGGAGAUCGAGCCGGGCAAGCGCAUCAAGCUGCAGAUCUGGGACACCGCGGGCCAGGAGCGCUUCAGAUCCAUCACUCGGGCCUACUACAGGAACUCAGUUGGCGGCCUUCUCUUGUUUGACAUUACCAACCGCAGGUCCUUCCAGAACGUUCACGAGUGGCUAGAAGAGACCAAAGUGCACGUGCAGCCCUACCAAAUCGUGUUUGUGCUGGUGGGUCACAAGUGUGACCUGGAUACCCAGAGGCAGGUGACUCGCCACGAGGCCGAGAAACUGGCUGCUGCGUACGGCAUGAAGUACAUUGAGACGUCGGCCCGAGACGCCAUCAAUGUGGAGAAAGCCUUCACAGACCUGACGAGGGACAUUUAUGAGCUGGUUAAAAGGGGGGACAUCACAAUCCAGGAGGGCUGGGAAGGGGUGAAGAGUGGGUUUGUACCAAACGUGGUUCACUCUUCGGAAGAGGUGGUCAAAUCAGAGAGGAGGUGCUUGUGCUAGUGAAACUACGCGCUCCUGCCUGACCUCAGGUGAUUGAGACGAGGAGACCUGAGUGUGACUAAAGAGAGGUUGACCUCCAUUUUGGAUACUGGGGGCUGGGACAGGCUGUGGGCGGGGCCUGGGUGCUGUGACGAAGGGACUGAACCACUGAUGUGGCCUAUGCCAGGCAGUGGCUGCUCUUUGUGCCCUUGGGGACUGGGGCUUGGGGAGCUGGGCCCCCAGAAAAGCACCCCCACAGACAGGACAAGUGGUUCUUGGUCCUUCAGCUCAUUCAUAGCUCAUGAACAUGUAACAUGUCAAGGGGGCAGACCAUCACACUGGGAACAAUUCACAGGACUAAGCAUGUCCAGGCCAGCUUCGGCGGUGAGAACGGCCCACACCAGGAGUGCUGCGCUUUGGACAAAGGGUAGCAGGUAGCUUUACAGAGCACAUGUGCAGGCAAGGGGUGCGCGCCUGCUACUCCUAAGACCCUUUCAAGGUGAAGUACAAGCGGUGCAAAUAUGAGGCGCGAGGCCACGUCCACAGUUACUGCCACACUCAAGAAAACAUGGCAGCAAGAGGACGAGCAGCUGUGUGCAAGUGGGGUGUGAGGAACAGAAACACUGGAACCCAAACACCCUACCUCUUGCCCCCCCCCCCGAGCACCAUGGGGUUCCCUGCAAUCCAGGAGACCCCACCUGUGUCUGUGGGCACCCGGGGCAGUCCCCUUCCAAAUGCGACGGUCACGUUCAUGACUAGUUUGACCAUCAUACAGGACUGUGAGGCUUCUUCCCCAUUCCACACGAGAGCAAACCAAGAGGCAGGAGACUCACUCGGCCACUCGCUGCCUGGCUGCCGUCCUCGAGUGUCAGCUCUUAACUCAGGGGACAACAUCAGAGAUGGAAUGGCUGGCUGGAGGUCGCCUCACCUUCUCGAAGGAGGGGACACUUUACGUUACUUCUCGGAUGGUAGGUAGUUCAGCAAAAGCCAUACUUUCCACAGGGAGGCAGGGAGUGUGAACUGCAACAUGAGUGUGACUGAGUCUGAAAGUCUGGGGAUUCACUUCAGUCAGAACAAAGAAGCCAAAUGCUGAAGAUCGUGGAAAUGAACCCCUGGGGCAGCCUGCAGCACCCACGUCACUCGUUCCCUGCGGCUGGACUUGGCUGUGGUCAUUCUGUCCAGGCUUUGUGGUUGCGGAAGGCAAAUGAGAGAGGCUGCACGGACCGGGUGAUCACAAGAUGUCAUACUUAAUUAUGUUUAGGAAACUCUGAAAGCAAGAUUAUCCAGUGGAUAAAUACGAUUUGACUGGAUUCUGUCAGUUCCAAAAAAGGAUAGAAACAGAAAUUCUCUAUGGUUUUCUUGACUAAAAAUACAUUCUAUGUAUACUUUUCCCAUUCCUUACAUUUUUUUAGGCAGGUUUUAAAAUAGCAUAGAUCCAGCAGAGAUGGCCAAGCUUAAUUGCUUAAACAAGUUCUAGAAACUUUAAAAAUCAUUUUAGUAGAAUUCAGUGCCAUUGUCACUGCACUCAGUGGGUUUUAGAAAAUAAGUGUGGAAGAGCCAGGUGUUAACACCAUACUAAGGACAAAGCUUUAGAAGCUAUUUUACUACAUAGGUAAAGAAAAGAUAAACUAACCUGUCACAAUGACCACAACUGCAUGUUGGGUUAGAUCGUCUCCUAUUCCAGAACAAAUGUGCUGUAUCCUUUUCCUCGCCUUGUCGUGCGCUGUGAUGAAACGUGGAUGAAAAUAUGCUUGUAUUUAGUAAAGCGGUUGAUCACGUGGCCGUGUGUCUCGUCGCUG